CAGCUAUCACAUCGCCAUCACUCCUAACCCCAGAUAUGGACAACUGUGGUGUGAGGUUCAAGGCUGUCUGGAUGGAAAUAUGUUCCUCAAGUAUCACUGUGAGAAUGAGGUGAAACCAGUUGUUCAUCAGGGGAUGAAGGUGGAGAUCCUGAAGGAUUUGAAGACCCAGGAAGCAGCUAUGAAAGAGGUGACAGAGGAGAUUAAAAAGAAACUGCUUGAGAUGAAACAAAUUACUACAGCAAGUGAUCCUCUCUCCCUGCAGAUAAAGUUAAAGUGUGAGAAGGAAGCCAAUGGACACACCCAUGGGUCUUGGGAGUUUGGCUUUGAUGGACAGACAUACCCUCUCUUUGACUCAAAGAAGAAGAUCUGGACAGAGUUUCAUCCUGAGGGCAGAGAAUUAAAGAACACAAUAAGUGAUGACAGUGAUUUGACUAAGUUAUUGGUGAUGGUCUCAAAUGGAGACUGUUGGAUAUGGCUUGAGUGGGUUUUGGCACACUGGGAUGAGUUGCUAGAUAGGGCAGGCUUCCUGACCCUUCCGCCACUGGGUGUCCUCACCGCGUUGUCCCAGGAGGAGGAGGCCGGCUGGGGGAUCCAACGCUAA